GAGACCGGAUGUUGACAAAUUUCAUGUCACUGUUCUUAGAAGCUCGUUUGUUUGUGUGAAGAAUUCUUAUCUAGGAUCUCUCUCUCUUUCUCUUUCUCUCUCUAAAAAAAAAAAUCAAAGCUUCAUUCUUUUUUUCCUUCUUCUCUUCUCUUUAUGUGUGUAUUAUUUUUUUUGAGAGAUAUAGAGAGAGAAGUGGGUGGCCCAGUAGAUCGAAAUCUUCCAUUUUUCUUGAACUUGAUGACGAUCUAAGCUUCUUCAAUGGCGUUGCAACAACACCCACUUUGUUAUUUGUUUAAUAAUAAUAAAUUAUUAUUUUUUGUUUUUUAGUAUAAGUUACCUUUUUUAGCUUUAAAUAGUGGGACUCUAAAAGGCCCUGAAUUCCUUUUUGCUUCUCUUGGUGUUGGUACUAUCUUCAAUGGUAGAAUCCAUGUGAGAUUCUUAAGGUGGAACUGUUCACAGGAUGUGGCUUUGAGGAAUGGGAACCAAGGUUCAGAAUUUACAAGGAUAUUACUCAAUGAGAGAUCUGAAUGAGGAAUCCAGCAGUUGCGGCUGGCCUUUAUUUUAUGGCGAUAAAACACUGAAAAAUGGGAAGUAUUACGAUAAUUAUCUUCCAAGUUCCACCACAGAUGUUUGUUCUGUGCAUGAUAAGGAUGUUGUGAAGCGCAUGAUGCUUGAACAUGAGGCUGUAUUUAAGAAUCAGGUUUACGAACUCCACCGAUUAUACAGAAUACAAAGGGAUUUGAUGAAUGAUUUCAAAAGGAAAGAAUUACAUCGAAACCAGACACCGGUCGAGGCAUCAAUAUGUACAGGUCCCUUGACAUCUCAAAUAACAACAGAAGAGGGAAGAAAAUGGCAUGUUUCUGGCUUUCCUGUUGGAAACUCGGCUUAUGCUAAAACAUCUGUUUCAGGUGCUGCAGGUGGGGUUCAUUCUCCUUUAGGCUCUAUUCAAGGAAUAAGCAACAAUGCCGGUCCCUUUCUGUCCCCAGAUGUUGGAGUGCUUGAGUCCUCCAGACCCUCAAAGGUUAGAAGAAAAAUGUUUGACCUUCAGCUCCCAGCCGAUGAGUACGUUGAUACCGACGAAAGUGAAAAGAUCAGUGAUGAAAAGACGAGUGGUUCAACGUUAUUUCUUCCUGAUAGAAAUUGUAAAAAUGGAAAACAGGAUGAUGUGAAACUUUUUGGUUGUAAUGGUAAGAAGACUCGUAGCCAGGACACUUUAAGAUCAGACCAGUCUUUAAGGGGAAUAAAUGGUUUGGCCGACUUAAACGAACCUAUUCAAGUCGAUGAGACAUAUGAUUCUCCUUGUGUUCACGUUCUGAGUAAUUCCUGUGCCACAACUGAAUGUGUCGAUGUCACUGCCAGUGCCAAACAAAAGUUACAGUUUUCCGGGUUGUCGAGGGAACGUUUGCUAAACUCGUGUCAUGGAACUGACAGUUGGGCUAGAAAUAAUGGAUACUUGGAGAAUAAUGGGAACGGAAAAGAUAUAAUUCCAUCAGUGGCUGAAGCAGGGCAUGCUAAAAGCAACCUACAGCCUGUGCCUCAAGUCCUCAAACUGGAGAAAUCACUUUUAUCUUCCCAAAAAAUGCAACAUUCAUAUGGCAAAGCUCAUGAACCUGUGUCUGAUUCUCUCAGUGGUCAAAGCAAGGCCGAUAUGUGGAAGGAAAAGACAGUUAGUGAUUUACAUGUCAGUGGAAGAAAUCACGAAUACUCGGUUAAUAAACAUCCCGAGUCUAUUCUACCAUUACACAGACCUGAUCUUAUUCCAGUUACUCCUUCUUAUGAUUUAUCAAAGUCUUGGUCUCAUUCUUCCGCUACUUGGGGAACGGCGAGUUGCAGCCUAAGCCAGAAGUUGAUGUCAGUUCAGACACCUCCGUGUCUUAAUGCGUCAGGUGCCAUCAAUAUGAAUUCUCAGUCACAUCAGAGUAAUGGGAAAUUGGAAGAGUUUUGGCCUUUAAAUAUCAAUCCCAAGCCUAAUCCAGGUAUUCAAUGUGAUGCACCAUUGCGGAAUGGGUUUUAUCCCGGGUCUUCGUCUGGCUCCAAGGAACCAUCUAUGAACAUGUCUUCAAUUAGCUAUGACUAUCUGAAUCAUAAUAAUGAUAGGAAGCUAAUUCCUGAACAUUUCAUCAACAAUGGUUCAACAAAAUACAAUGAGGGUUCAAAUUCAAAUUGCAAUGAGAAGAAGUCUGGAAAAGACAUUGACUUAAAUGCGAUUCUUUCUAACGGUUCAUUCAGUAACAACACAGUUCCUCGGUCAGGUGUUGGGAUAAUGGAUGGAGAUGCGGCAUUGUCUUGGCUUAGAGCGAAGACUACUUGUAAGAAUAACGUACAAAAUACCGAUAUAAGCUCGAUUACUGCAGGAGAGACAAGUUUUUUUCACACUGCUUUGCUGUCCGUGAAAGGUGAAACUGGAAAGGAGCCUAGAGGAAAAUUUAUGCAGAGUUUAACAUCGGUUUCGUGUUCUAAUGAUCAAAGGAGGAAUGAGGUAAGUGAAAGUUCGAGUAAUAAGAAAAUUCUCGGUGUUCCGAUAUUCGAUAUGUCUCAUAUUUCUCCCAAGAAAGAGUUGUCUUCAAUCACUUCUCCCAAAAACCGGAUGUUUGAUAUGAACUUGCCUUGUGAAGCUAAUGAUGUUGAGUUUGACAAAGAAGGAUUCACCGAAACCGUUGUUAGUAAGACAACAUCUCCUAGAGCAGAUGCAGACUCUAGAAAUCAAAUUGAUCUGAACUUAAGUAUGAGUGAGGAUGAAGGAUCUUUCACAACUAUACCCAGUGCCAAUUCAAAAAUGAAGGCAGAGAUAGAUCUUGAAGCCCCUGCUGUUCCUGAGUCAGAGGACGAUAUCAUAGCAGAAGAAAAGCAGCUUGAAACUUCUCUUGCAUCACCACAAGUUCUGCAAGAUGCUGCCGAAAAUCCACAGGAUGAUGAACUUGUGAGCAAUGCAGCAGAAGCAAUUGUUGUCCUUUCGUCUCUUUCUUGUGAUCAAGUGGAUCAUGUGAUCGAUAGUCCAUCAGAAAGUCCAAUGCUGGAUCCACUAAGUUGGUUUGCAGAUGUAGUUUCCUUGUGUAAAGAUAAUCUCGAGAGCAAGUGCGAUGAUUCGAGGGGAAAAGACUGUGAGGACAAUAACGAGGAGUCUUCCUCCAAAAGAUUUGAUUAUUUUGAGUACAUGACAUUGAAAAUUGAGGAAACAAAGGAAGAAGACUACAUGCCAAAGCCUCUUGUUCCGGAAAACUUCAAAGUGGAAGAAACAACUAGUACUUUACCUACUCGAACGCGAAAGGGUCCUGCAAGGAGAGGGAGGCAGAAGAGAGACUUCCAAAGGGACAUUCUUCCGGGAAUUGUAUCACUAUCAAGGCAUGAAGUAACAGAAGAUCUUCAGACAUUUGGAGGGAUUAUGAGAUCAACAGGUCAUUCAUGGCAAUCAGGACUAACUCGGAGAAACUCGUCUAGGAAUGGUCGUGGGAGAGGGAGGCGGCGAGCGCAGGUUACACCCUCUCCCUCGCCACCUGCGGCUACGAAUGAAACCAGCACAACUUUGGUGCAGCAACUCAAUAACAUUGAUGUUGCAUUGGAGGAUAGGAGCUUAACAGGUUGGGGCAAAACGACUCGAAGGCCACGCAGACAAAGGUGUCCGGCCAGUACUCCUCCAUUGAUCCCAAUAACAUAAUCACCAUAAGAGGCUUAAAAUUUUUAGAUGUGAAUUUAUAGAGGUAAGCAUGGUCAAUUCCAUAUUUGAUUGAACACAUGAUGUUCUCAAGCAUUGGGAUUUCUCUUGUAAAAUUCAUCUUUAGAUGAUACCAACAUGUAUUAUUGUUAAAUAAUGUUGCAUGAUUUAUUCUCAUUAUAUUUUUACAGAACUAUUGAGAUACAUUAAUACAGUGCUCUCUUCAAUUUCGUACUA